AUGUAUCUGGGUAUCUGGGCACGACAAAACCAAGCCGUGAACUCGGGCCAUUUUCGGGAGAUGAUCGCCGGUCAAAGUAUAGGCAGUGUUUAUAACAUUGCCAGCCUUGGCAACGCUCUAGCUUGCAAUAACGCAGUUGCCAAUACCGCAGCAGCUGCAGAAGCGGCUGCCAUAAAUGCCAAUGCCAUGGCCUACGCGCCAUAUGCUGGUUAUGGUUAUCCAUCAAAUAUGUACCAAAACGCAUUUGCCAACCCCUUGGCAUAUACACCUGCCAGUCCUAUUCCAUUUGAAGCCGAAUUACCGAUCGUCACUGGCAUUCCCGGAAUCACGUAUGGUUUAUCGCUAGCCGAUUUAGCGGCAUCACGAGGCGGUGGCUUACGAGUCAUGACGUCAUCUCCUAUCUCGCCCACUGGCAUCACCGUACAGUCAGAUAACAUGGCAGUGGAAGGUCCAUUAUCUGUUACCGGCCAACUGCCAUUCCUCGGUGUGGUUUCUGUGGAAGGCCCGUUGGCAGCAAUGGGAGCUGGUGCAGUUGCUUAUGGAUGUGGUAAUGGCAAUGUUGGCAUGGUAAGCGAAGGUAUAAACGAACCUAUGGUUGCCAACCCUGCGACACUUGCCAACUCUGCAGCGCUUGCCAAUGCUGCGUAUGCGAAUGGAUACGGAAAUCCAGCUCUCGGUUUAGCACCAAGUCUAGGCUGUAAUGGAUUACCCGUUUAUUAG